CGUAGCUUUCCAGUGUCUGCGCAGAUGGUGUUUCCUGUGCGGACAGGGCCAACCUUGAACGUAUUCGUGACUGUUGUAGCAUUUAAUACCUGUAUUGAAUUGUUUUAUUGUAUUGUCUGUUCCAUUAAUGUAGACGGCUUCUGGUUGGACCACUUACAACGCGGAUAGAAGACUCAUCCGGAUGUCCCUUCCGACUAUCUCACGCGUCCCUGCGUCCGGGCUCCUCCGCUCCAUCCGUGACCUGCGCUGGCUCCUGCGCUCCAUCGCGCCUCUUGCCACGCCCAGAAGAGCUUUGACCCAGAUGGGCUACCGGCGGCCCGGCCAGCCCAGAGAGGACAAGCCCCCGUGGUGGAGGGUCAAGUUUGACCUCUCUAAGGGUUUGAAGGGCAUGAAGAGGCACUUCACGCUGCUGAAGGAGGAGUUCUUCGCCCAAUUCAUUGGUCCGAUGGGCAAACCCAUCAUCGAACACAUGCUGGAGCAGAACCAGGUGUUGUGGGAGUUCAGGGGCCCCCACAGCCUCCAGGAGUGGACAAUUUCCUGCGACCGGGAGAUCGGAGGCAAAAGCGAGAUUUACCUGAAGGUCGGAAGGAACAAUGAAACCUGCCUUCUGUACGGGACGCUUUGCUCCGAUCCUCCUAAAGACGGGGAAACGCGCUACAGCGGAUAUUGCACCAUGCGUGCCAAGCAACCUCUGGCUUCGUUUGACAGGAAGAGGUACCACGACUGGUCCAGCUUCAACACCCUCCACCUGCGUAUCCGGGGUGACGGCCGGCCGUGGAUGAUCAACGUCAUAGCAGAAACCUACUACACUCACCAGAAAGAUGACAUGUACAGCUACUUCCUGUAUACCAGGGGAGGACCCUACUGGCAAGAUGUGAAAAUCCCGUUCUCCAAGUUCUUCCUGGCUCAUCGGGGGAGGGUACAAGAUGACCAGCACGAGCUCUGGCUGGAUAAGAUUAAUGCCAUUGGAUUUACUCUUGGAGACAAAGCAGAUGGUCCCUUCCAGCUCGAAAUUGAUUUCAUCGGCGUGUGCAAAGAUUACGCGCACACUGAGGACUUCGCAUACGAGAAGUACAAGAGGAACCCUGAAGUUUGAGAGUUCCCGCGGCGCAGCAUUCGAACAGGACAUGAGGACUUGUGACAAGACUUUUGACUCGUUUUUCCUCCAUCUGUACAUUUGGAACGAUGAUCUUAGUAAAAUAAACAAAUGGAUAAACGUUUCACACCCAAAAGACCCGGGCUUUAAAAGUUUUCAUCCUUUUGUAAGCAGUUU